ACUAGGGCAACGUACAACUAGAGUGUCAUUUCAAAAAUCUGAUUUUCGAAAUCGCAUCGCUUCUUCCUGGCAUCUAUCAAUUAACUCCAUAAAAAUAUGGCUGACAAUGAGGAAGUUAACUUGGACAGGGGUCGGUUCAAGAUUGUAACAAAAAACACCAGCAAAAAUCGACUUAUUGUCGUUUUGGAAGGUGCUCAACUGGAAGUGGUUAAGGUCAACGACAAACUUGAGCUGCUGAAUUGCGAUGACCAUUUGGAUAUUUUGCGCCAAAGCCAACGGGAUCCUGCCACAGUUCGGCCGGAUAUCACCCUCCAGACCCUGACCAUGCUCUACGACUCCCCAUUGCACCGAGCUGGCUAUCUCCAGGUGUUCGUACACACGGAGAAGGGUGUCCUCAUCGAAGUCAGCCAGCAAACCCUUAUACCCAGAACCUUCAAGGGCUUUGGCCCCCUUAUAGUGAAAUUGCUGACCGAGGGCGAGGUUCGGGCCAAGGAGGACCCCUCCCUGAAACUGAUGAGGGUGAUCCAGAAUCCCAUCUCCGAUCACCUUCCUGUGGGCUGCAAACGGUACGCCUUGAGCGCCGCUGGCAAGCCACUGCGGAAUCUCGGGGACCUGGUGCCCAAGGAGGAGGAACCAGUGGUGGUAGUCAUGGGAAGCUAUGCCUUCGGAAAUCUCACGACUGACUUGACCGAGGAGUUCUUCUCCGUCAGCAGCUAUCCCCUGGCAGCGAAUGACGUGUGCUCCAGACUCGCCUCCGCCUUCGCGGCUGCGUGGGGUGUGUUCUGAGCUGUCUUUUACUACAUAUUUCUGAAUGAAUGAAAUGUUUUAUAAUAAAUAAAAAUUAGAACUGUUUAGUUCUUAUUUAAAAACA